CCCUGCGCAUCCACUAAAGCGCCACCGACAUAAACUACCAUGCGAAAGAAGGCGCUUUAUAUGAGAGCCAAUAAUACAGAUAGCCAACAACAUUUUUAAAGGGACUUUUCUAAACGGUAUGAAUAGUUGUUGUAUUACCUACUAACUGAAUGUUGGCUCUGCCCUAUUUUGUGUAAACGUACUUCCUGACUAUAAGGUAUAGAGAGAUAGGCAACGUCGGCCCAGCAUCAUGGUGGCUGGCGAGUUAGUACAGGAGCAUUUGCGGCUUGACAACGCAUCUGAAAUAGACAUCAAGACGCCGGUGCAUAACGGAGUAGUCCUAACCGGGGAUCAGUACUCCGACCUAACGAAUGGAGCGGCACAUCUGACAGAACUGGACUCGAAGGCGUUGGAACAGGAGAUACCUCCAGAUGAGAAUCAGGCUAUGCUUCCUGGAGAUGAAAAAUGUAUCGAAACUAAGCUCUUUUGGAGAAGAUUCGCCGUUUUAGCUGUGUUCAGCCUCUACUCCCUCGUCAACGCAUUUCAAUGGAUCCAGUACAGCAUCAUCACCAACAUUUUCGCCCACUUCUACAAUGUAUCCAGCGACAAGAUCGAUUGGCUGUCAAUUGUAUACAUGGUCGCGUAUGUGCCUUUGAUCUUCCCCGCAACAUGGUUACUAGAUAAAAAAGGACUGAAAUUGACAGCCCUCAUGGGCGCGGGUUUGAACUGCGUCGGUGCGUGGGUGAAAUGCGCCAGCGUCCGGCCCGAUCUUUUCGGUGUGACAGUGACUGCACAGAUAAUAUGUUCCGUAGCCCAAGUCUUCAUCCUCGGGCUGCCCUCUAGGAUUGCAUCAGUGUGGUUUGGCCCGAAGGAGGUGUCUACCGCAUGUGCAACAGCCGUGCUAGGUAACCAGCUGGGCGUUGCUAUUGGCUUCCUGCUUCCCCCUGUCCUGGUCCCCAACACCGUGGAAGACAUAGAGCUGAUGGGACACAACAUCAGCGUUAUGUUUUAUGGGACGGCUGUAGUCUCCACUGCUCUGUUCAUCUUGACUGUAAUUGUCAUGGAAGACAGACCCCCACUACCUCCCAGCCAAGCUCAGGCUGUCCUACUUGACUGUGCUCCUGAAGACUACUCCUACCGACAGUCCAUCAUCAACCUGUUCAAGAACAAACCUUUCAUCCUACUGCUCAUCAGUUAUGGUAUCAUGACUGGUUCUUUCUACUCUGUGUCAACACUUCUCAAUCAGAUGAUUAUGGCUUGUUACGAGAACCAGGAGCUGAAUGCAGGCAGGAUUGGCCUGACCCUGGUGGUGGCUGGAAUGGUGGGCUCCAUCAUCUGUGGACUGUGGCUGGACCACACCAAAACCUACAAAAUGACCACUCUGAUAGUGUACAUCCUGUCUUUCAUUGGUAUGGUGCUGUUCAGCUUCACUCUGAACCUCAACCGUAUUUACCUGGUGUUCUUCACUGCUGGGGUGCUGGGGUUCUUCAUGACAGGUUACCUUCCGCUUGGCUUUGAGUUUGGGGUUGAAAUUACAUAUCCUGAAUCAGAAGGGACAUCCUCUGGUCUCCUUAAUGCUUUUGCACAGAUCUUUGGGAUUCUUUUCACUUUGAUCCAGGGGAAACUGACAACAAACUAUAGGCCCCUGGCUGGGAACCUGUUCCUCUGUGUCUGGAUCUUCCUGGGUAUCUUUCUCACAGCCUUAAUCAAAUCAGAACUGAAAAGGAACAAUGUCAACAUGGGCAUUGAGAACAAAACUCUUCAAGCAGUCACUACUAAGUGCCUAUCAGACAAGCCAACCAAUGGCGCCAAGAUGGAAACAUCAGUCAGCUUUUCCCAGGAGACCUCACUGUAACCCAAAGAGGUCGCUUAACAAUCUACUGAACAUUUCGGAUGCCUACAGCGCAUUCCAAAGUUUCCUGAGGUUACUUGAAAUCUCCCUUUUCUCUGGAUUGUAUCUUGUAAUGUGUUAUUAUGAUAAUGUUUUUACUGUAGUGGUUUUAGCUGAGCCAUGAUUUGUUUACAGACAGGUAAAACUAUAAGCACCCAAAUACACAUUUCAGACUUCCCAUAGUCCCCCUGCUUCUUCUGCUUGAUGAUCCACUACUGUCUCUACAAUCACCAUCAUCUCUGGUUCAUGAAGUGGUGCUUAAUUUAAACCUAUUUAAGGCAUUAUACAGAACCACACGGGAGCAUAGAAUGUAGGAUCUCUGACCUGCCUUGGCCUGUGAGGAUGAUCAUUGUUACUUCUUGUCUUGAGAUUUAAGCCAUUCGUACAAAUAUGGACCAAAUAUGACACACAAGGUGCAAGGCAUAUGGCAAAUGUGCAACACGCACAGUCUACUUUUCUGUAUAUUACUAACAUGAAUGCUUUUGAAAGUGUUAAAACAUUGAUACAUUUGUUGAAUACAUGGCACAGAUAAUUGUUCUGCCGAGAUAGGUAGCUAAUGGUAUAGUAGCGCCACCUAGAGGGAUAUUGUGGAAAUACUAAGAAUGCUGUGGAUGAUGAAGCACAAACAUGAGUCAUAAUGACUGUAGCAUCACAAUUCAAACAUCUCCAAACCUUCAUAGGAAGGUUCACUCUGUGUCUUUAAGGACUAUGCCCAGUAGCCAUCUCCCAGCACAUUUCUAAACCACUAUAUUGGCUCUUGUAUUUCCUUUGUUUUAACAGGAAUAAUUCCUCUCGCCCAAUCAUUAAUCAGAAGAUCCAAUCCACAGGCGUUUGUUUAUAUGUUAUCCUGCUUCCUGCAGGAUAUGUGCUUAUAAUUAUUCAUAUUUGAGUGUCAGAGCGAAUGUUAUUAUUUAACUACUUAUGACGAGAAAAAAUAUUUAUUUGGUUGACAGAUGUUUUCCUUUCUUUUCUAGCAUUUGACUUAGUUCUGAAUAAGGAAGAAGUACCAUUUCUAUAUGGACAUUCAUAACAUUUCAUUGCUUUUUUAAAAUUUUGAUAAUGAACUUAUUACAUCUUAUAUAGCAAUGUAGUUAUGUCUCAAUUAUUUAUUUAUCUUACUUAAGACGUAUUCCAUUUACCAAGCACUUGAUAUUUCAAAGACCACUGAAAUUAAUAAUGUUAUUAAAUGGAAUCCUUGCAUAGACACUCAUUCUUAUUUGUCCCUAAUUAAGAAUGAGUACAUCCAAACUGAACUAAUUAUAUACAGUAUUUACACUGCAUCGCCAAAAGUAUGUAGACACCUGCUCAUCGAACAUCUCAUUCCAAAAUCAUGGGCAUUAAUAUGGAGUUGGUCCCCCCUUUACUGCUAUAACAGCCUCUACUUCUCUGGGAAGGCUUUUCACUAGAUGUUGGAACAUUGCUGCCGGGACUUGCUUCCAUUCAGCCACAAGAGCAUUAGAGAGUUCGCCCAAUGAUGUUGGGCCUGGCUCGCAGUCGACGUUCCAAUUCAUCCCAAAAGUGUUCGAUGGGGUUGAGGUCAGGGCUCUGUGCAGGCCAGUCAAGUUCUUUGAUACCGAUCUCAACAAACCAUUUCUGUAUGGACCUCACUUUGUGCACGGGGGCAUUGUCAUGCUGAAACAGAAAAGGGCCUUCCCCAAACUGUUGCCCCAAAGUUAGAAGCACAGAAUCGUCUAGAAUGUAAUUGUAUGCUGUAGCGUUAAGAUUUCCAUUCACUGGAACUAAGGGGCCUCGUCCCAACCAUAAAAUGCAGCCCCAGACCAUUAUUUCUCCACCACCAAGUGGAAACCCAUUUCAUGAAGCUCCUGACAGACAGUUCCUGUGCUGACGUUGCUUCCAGAGGCAGUUUGGAACUCUAGUAAGUGUUGAGAGCGAGGACAGAUUAUUUUUAUGCACAACGCACUUCAGCACUCGGCGGUCCCAUCCUGUGAGCUUCUGUGGCCUACCAAUUCCGCAGCUAAGCUGUUGUUGCUCCUAGACGUUUCCACUUCACAAUAACAGCACUUACAGUUGCCUGCGGCAGCUCUAGCAGGGCAGAAAUUUGGACGAACUGACUUGUUAGGAAGAUGGCAUCCUAUGAUGGUGCCAAGUUGAAAGUCACUGAGCUCUUCAGUAAGGCCAUUCUACUGCCAAUGUUUGUCUAUGGAGAUUGCAUGGAGGUGUACUCGAUUUUAUACACCUUUUCAGCAACGGGUGUCGCUGAAAUAGCCAAAUCAACUCAUUUGAAGCGGUGUCCACAUACUUUUGGUCAUGUAGUGUAUGUGCAAUACACCAUAUGGUAGCCUGGCGGUUAGAGCGUUGGGUCAGUAACCGAAAGAUUGCUGGUUCGAAUACCCUAGCCGACAAGGUAGAACAUCCAUCAAUGUGACCUUGAGCAAAUGCACGUAACCCUACUCCAGGGGUGCCGUGCUACUAUGGCUGACCUUGUAAAACCACACAUUUUACUGCACCUAUCUGGUGUAUGUGACAAUAAACCAUCUACUAUUUUGUGACUUUGACACGCCGCUAUCUAAAGUCUCUGACAGCCUGAUUAUAAUUUAGCAAUGUAAUCCACAGUAUAGUCAGUCCCAGCACUGUUACACUGCAGCUGCUAUAUAAUGUGUAUGAUGUUGCACAAUCCCUUCAAAGUGCCCCAGAGUGUACUGUAAAACUAAGGUGUUUGUAUUGCUUAUGUUUUUUUGUCCUUUGAGUUUUGUCCAUGGAAAGGGGCCACAUGGAUACUUGCUUAUCUGCAGAUAAUGUCAGUUGACAGUGAAAACAAUACAAUAAAAAACAAUUCUGCUCA